AUGCUGAGCUCCAGCGACGCCGCGCUGGGCUUGACGGAACGUGAGGACCUGCUGUCCAGGGAUGUGCCGUGGGAGACGUUCAUGCAUGCCAAGCUCAUCACGGAGCCGGACCUGCAGGUCAUUCGACGCUUCGACAAGCGCCCGCGCCAUCAACAGCAGCACGUCCUCACACAUGAAGGACACGCGUGUAUGACGGCCUUUCUGCGCGUCCUGCGCAACGUGACACGUGCAGAUGCAGUGCAGUACGUACUCGCGCUGCUCCUGCAGCUCGUGGAGGAUCGUUCCGGCGCCGAUCUGUGCCACGGCGUCACGGAUCCGAACCCAUAUGCACUGCUGCUGCGCCUGGCGCAGCGUGAUGACGCCCGCAUCCAGGACCUCGCGCUUCAUCUCUACGCCGAACUCGUUCACUCGCGCGGCGUCGGGUCGCGGCAGCACGGCCCGAACGACCGCCCGGGCGACGCGACGCUAACGUCUGCCGCACAUGCCAUCGCGGGCAUGCUGCGCGCGAGACGCAGUAGCGACGACCGCGCUCCGCUGGUCCUGGCGUCGCUGGCGCUGCUGGUCCAGGAGCCGGUGGUGCGGGAGGCGUUCGUGCGGAGUGGCGGCGUGGAGCUGCUUUCUGCAGCAGUUCAGGCGACCCUCGAAGCCGGUUCCGGGGUCGCCGCGUCGGCUGUGCAGGGUCCAGCCAUCGCGCAGAUGCAGUACCAUGCGAUGAUCUGCCUCUGGAAGCUGUCGUACCACGAGCCGGCUGUGGGGGCGAUGGAGGCCUGCGGUCUGUUGGGCAAGAUCGUCGGUGUGCUCCGCCUGGCGGUGAAGGAGAAGGUCGUUCGCGCCGCGGCGCUCUGCCUUCGGUCGAUCCUGGAGCACCGGAGCACCGAGGCCGUCGGGGAGCAGCUCGCCGAGGCCAACCUGUCGAAAGUCGUCGGGCUGCGGAUCCAGCAGGCGUGGCACGACGAGGACCUGAUGGAGGCCCUGAAGGUGCUGCAGGAGAAGUCUGCACAGCUGUCCAUCCAAGCGUCCUCGCUCGAGCGCUUCCGUCGCGAGGUCGUGUCCGGGGCGCUCGCAUGGUCGCCGAUGCACACCGAGGAGCGCUUCUGGCGGGAGAACGUCGACAAGAUGGGCGAGAAAGACUUCCAGGUCAUCAAGAUGCUGGUCCAGCUCCUCCAAACCUCGCGGGACGUCCAGGUCCUCGCCGUUGGCUGCUCGGACAUCCAUCACUUCCUCCGUCACCAUCCCCAGGGGCGCCAAGUGCUGCACGAACUUGGCGGCAAGUCGGUGCUCAUGCGUCUCAUCGUGCACCCGGACCCGGAGGUGCAGCGGCACGCGCUGCAAGCACUGCAGCAGGUUCUGCUGUCGGAAGACAAGCUGACCAUGCUGGCCGCCAUGGAGGCGUCUGCGUGA